GGGAGGAAGGAAGGAAGGGGGCCGGGCGAGAGGGAGAGCGCGAGAGAGCCAUGGCAGCGCCGGCCUCGUAGGAGGGACACGAUGUUGCCCAGCAAGGCCAUGGCCUUGCCGCGGCCGCCCUCCUCCCCGUCGACGCCCAGCCGGCUCCGCGGCCCCGGCAACGGGACCGGGCCGCGCUUCGACCGCGACGUCGUGCUUGGAGGAGGAGGAGGAGGCGGAGGAGGAGGCAGCGGCAGCGAGGGCGACUCCGACUCCGGCGAGGACGAGGAGCCGCUGAGCGACCGCCGCGGGGUGAAGCGGGCCUUGGCCUUGGCGGAGGCGGAGCUGGGCGCGGCGGGACAAGCGGCGGCCGGGCAAGAAGCGCCGGGCUCGGCCGCCUCCGUGGCUGGAACCCCCGGAGGAGGAGGAGGAGGGUACAGCGGAGGCACGGCCAGCGGAGCCAAGCCCGGCAAGAAGACCCGCGGCCGCGUCAAGAUCAAGAUGGAAUUCAUCGACAACAAGCUGCGCCGCUACACCACCUUCAGCAAGAGAAAGACCGGCAUCAUGAAGAAGGCCUAUGAACUUUCCACCCUAACGGGGACGCAAGUAUUGUUGCUCGUGGCCAGUGAGACGGGCCAUGUGUACACAUUCGCCACGCGGAAGCUGCAACCCAUGAUCACCAGCGAGACAGGGAAAGCACUGAUCCAGACAUGCUUGAACUCUCCUGAUUCUCCUCCUCGGUCGGACCCGACCAUGGAUCAGCGCAUGAGCGCAACGGGCUUUGAGGAGACAGACCUCACUUACCAGGUGUCCGAAUCGGAUAGCAGUGGAGAAACAAAGGGUCAUUGGUCGGAGGAAGGAGCGGCAGGCAGUCCAAGCCAGGAUACACACACCACAGACCAGAAUCCUCCUGGUUCUGGAGAUCAGGAUUCUCUGAAGCCCGCGUUCACAGUUACCAACCUGCCGGGCACAACAUCGACCAUCCAAACAGCACCCACCACCCCCACUUCCAUGCAGGUCAGCAGCGGCCCCUCGUUCCCCAUCACCAACUACCUAGCGCCAGUCUCUGCCAGUAUCAGCCCCAACGCAGUCACCAGUGCCAAUGGGACAGUGCUGAAAACCACUGGAUCCAGUGCAGUGGCAUCUGGAGGACUCAUGCAGAUACCUACUGGCUUCACGCUCAUGUCAGGUGCUCCACUCCCUCCUGUGACCCCUACCAUUCCUUUCACUCAGUUACAGCCACAUUCGCUGGCCCUCUCUGGCCAGCAGGCCCAGGUGGCAGUUGCAGGCACACCUGGACAGCUGCAGCAAGCACAACAGACACUCUUCCGAUUUCCAGCCGCAGCCGGAGGGCAGAUUGUUUCUCUGACAGGUGGUGCUGUGGCUCAACAAGUCCCCGUCCAAGCCAUCCAAGUGCAUCAAGCCCCCCAGCAGACGUCUCCCACAAGCGACAGCAGCACUGAUCUCACCCAGACCUCUUCCAGUGGGACAGUGACCUUGCCAGCUACUAUCAUGACUUCAUCAGUGCCAACCACAGUGGGAGGCCACAUGAUGUACCCCAGCUCCCACGCAGUGAUGUAUGCGCCAACAUCAGGCCUCACGGAUGGUGGGCUGGCCGUUCUCAAUGCCUUCUCCCAGGCGCCAUCAGCAAUGCAGGUUUCACAUGGACAAGUCCAGGAUCAGGGUGGCGUUUCUCAGGUGUUCCUUACAGCACCUUCAGGAACGGUUCAAAUCCCAGUCUCAGCUGUCCAGCUUCAUCAGAUGGCUGUUAUUGGGCAGCAGUCCAGCAGUAGCAGCAACUUGACAGAGCUGCAAGUGGUCAACUUGGACACGUCACACAGUUCUAAGAGUGACUGAUCAACUCUGGAAGGACCUGGUUGGGGGGAGGGAAGGAAGAGUGUACCUGGCACCCAAACCCACAGCCGCCGCGACUGUCGCCUCCAGCUUUUGUGCUCUGCACAGCCCCAGGAUCUGUGUCACUCCUCAAGCUGCACCAGGAUCUUGGCGAUCCCUAUUUUUGUAUGGACUCCGUCACUUAUUUAUUGUUGCCUUUUUCACAUUUUUUUCUUUUCUCACAUGUUACACUGACUCAUAAACACACACACACACACACAUACACUAAAAGUGGCUGCAUGGCCAGCAGCAGGAGCUGAGCCUGGGCAUUGGGACUGGCGAGCGGGAGAGCGGGGGGAGGGGGGAGCUUUGUUGAAUAUGAAUGCUGCAUUUACUGUGCUUUUUGUGUUUUGUUGGGAAGGUGGUGGUGUCAUUUUUUCCCUCUACACUCCAGCCAAAGAAAAUGUCUCGCACGGGUGGGAGAGUUAGCUCCGCCGUGUAUAAUAACACUUUCUGUUUUCAUUGCGGGAGGUCUUUCUCUCUUCCCGUCCCUGUCAUCCAUAGGAUAUCCAGCAACUUCCCCAGCCUAGUGCCUUUAAGGCCAAACAACUGAGGCUGUAGGGAGGAGCUGGAUUUCAGAAAGGCUUAAAGCCAUCAUAAAAAGGGAGUUCCUUUUCAAUCAUAGACUUACUUCCUUCUUUUCUUUUUACCUCUGCUGGGGCAGAGAGCCAUCUCUCUUUCCCCUUGCUCCUAGGUUCAGGUCCUCCAGCUGGCUGCAGCAUUGUGCCUUCAAGCAAUCAGUGAUGCAUUGUGGGUUGGCCAUUAUAGUGGCCUCUUGCCUUUACACUCAGCUUGCGAAAAGGUGUUGUUCCUAUUGGCGCCCACCUUAGGCGGGGAGAGGGCAGAAAGCAGAGGGUCUUGAACGCUUCCUCCUGAGGGGUUCCUCUCCCAGAAUGUAUGCUGUUGUGGUUCGGAACAGAUUUGACUGGCUGCAUGGCACGAGAGGCAACAACUUCUUGCCUGGCUACACACCACCAUUUCACUGCCAAAAGGGGUGUUUGUUAGCCACAUAUCCUUUUAUUUUUAAGAACACACAUCCAGUGACUCUUAACGCUCAGUAGCUGCAUUUGCUUCUGGCCUUGUGUGGUACUUGGGAGGGUCAUCCUCUCAAAGGUUUUGCCAGUGCUUUUCUCCUGAGAAGAAAGAAGCUUUGAAACAUAGAUCUUGUCAAUUAGAGCAUAAAGAGAGGAAAACAUUUGAGGAGGGGGCAUUUUUUAAACUUGAAUCAUUGGUCCAUCCCAAGGCAGUUGUGUUCACAAAUGGGGUGCAGUACAGUAAGGGUUUCUUAUCAGCAGGGCACCUGAAACCACAGAGAUGACCGAACAGCAUUAAAUUAGCUUACUUCUGGUGCCAGUGUACCAUGAAUUACACUGGAAGACCUAGAAAUUUCUCAAGAAAUGCAAUUCUAUGAUGUCCUCUAGCAGAAACGUACAGUAGUAUCACCUGGAGGAUCUAAAACAUUCAUAGAGGUGCUAUUCUUUUCCAGGCGUGGUUAAGUGGCUCUGGUUAUGGUUUUCACAAUUGGAUGGAGCUUAUUGUAAUCUAUACCUGUCUAUAAUAUUUUUGUCGAAGGCUUUCACGGCCGGAAUCACUGGGGUGUUGUGUGGUUUCUGGGUUGUAUGGCCAUGUUCUAGCUAGCAGCAUUUCCUCUGGAUGUUUUGCUUGCAUCUGUGGCUGGCACCUUCAGAGGAUAUGGUAUUUUUGUUUCUACCCUACAUAGCCAAAAAUGAGAUAGGGUGUUGCCUUGUCUUCAUGCUCAGCCUCCAUCUGGUAGGACAGUGGUUCUCAGCCUGUGGGUCCCUAGAUGUUUUGGCCUUCAACUCCCAGAAAUCAUAACAGCUGGUAAACUGGCUGGGAUUUCUGAGAGUUGUGGGCCAAAACACCUGGAGACCCACAGAUUGAGAACCACUGUGCUAGGAGAUGCUUCCUCGGAGUCUGUUGUUCCUAAAUUGGAUCCAGCUGGAUAUGUCAAGGCUGAUGCUUGGAUAAGUUAAAUUUUUGGACCAUAACUCCCAGAAUCCCUAAGAUGCCAUGACAACAGGACAUGCUGACUGUGUAUUUUAGGUCAGGUACUCCAAAACACAAAACAAAAUAACAAAAACGUAAUGCUGGAAUAGGGCAACCCCGGAGCAUGACUGGAGUGGUAGCCGUCUAAUGUCAUUUCUGUGUGCUUUAGGAAAACUCCUUGCUGUAUUGACUCAUAGGUGAUACUUUGAGAGCCAACCAUUGCAAAAACAAAAAAAGGGAAAAGCUUCAGGUGUGCAACUGGAGGCAACCUGUGCUAUCAGUGAGAGGCACUGCUUGCAAAAGUUACUUUUUGGGAUUGUAACUCCGAGAAUCUCUGAGUUGUAUUCUGAAAGAGGUAAUGUUUCCAAGUUCUGAAUGGGAAAGGGAGUGCUUGAUGGUAGAGUUGUGCAUCACAUUGUUUGCUUGCAUACAAUCAUGCACUUCAUCCUAACGAAGCUGGAGGGAAACCAGUCCUUCAUCCCCGCCGUGGGAAAAGAGGACUAACCUGCUGUGAACAGCUCAGUGGUCUUUAUGUGUGCUCCCCCAACCCCACAACAAGGGCCAGCUUUGAAGCAAGAGGGCUGCAGACAUUUAGAGAAAGGAAGCAGCUGCCUUUCUCUUCUCUUUUUUAAAUUAAAAGACAAAAGAAGCCUUGAAAAAAAUACUUUAUUUUUCUAAGUGUUAAACUCAGUAUUUAUGUAAUUCUUAAAGGAAUUAAAGUCUGGCUCCUGUACAGUUUUCAUGGGGUUUGUACUUGGGGGUGGGAGGAGGGUGGGAAAGGAAAGGGCCAUGGGGUGGAGAGGGAGGAAGGAGAAGAAAGGGGCCUUUUAAUUUUUUUUUAUUGUAACCCUUUGGAAUGAUUUGCAUGAACAUUAGCGUUUAAACUGGUCCUCUCCCUCAAGCUUCUGUGUUGGAUAGGUUGAGCAGAUGGAGAAAGGCGCUCACUCAGGCAGGAUUUACCGCUGUUUGAAAAGUCACAUUUUUGGACUACAACUCCUACAAUCCCCUGGCUAGUGUGGCCAUGCUGGCUGGACAUUGUGGGUGUUAUGUGCUAAAAAUAUCAAGCUCUGGUUUUCAGCUAAUAGUAAAAUGUGCAGUGAUAGAGAACUUUCACUGAUAGGGAUCAGGCCUCAGCCAACGCACAUUUCACAGAAUCAUUGAGUUGGAAGAGACCUCAUGGGCCAUCCAGUCCAACGCCCUGCCAAGAAGCAGGAAAAUCGCAUUCAAAGCAUCCUCGACAGAUGGCCAUCCAGCCUCUGCUUAAAACCCUCCAAAGAAGGAGCGUCCACCACACUCUGGGGCAGAGAGUUCCACUGCUCUCACAGGAAGUUCUUCCUCAUGUUCAGGUGGAAUCUCCUUUCCUGUAGUUUGAAGCCAUUGUUCCGCAUCCUGGUCUCCAGGGUGGCCAAAAGCAAGCUUGCUCCCUCCUCCCUGUGACUUCCCCUCACAUAUUUAUACAUGGCUAUCAUGUCUCAAGGCUAGGAAGCAUUUGCUCUUAUAGAGAUAUUUUGGUCUACAGCUUCCAUAGACCCUUAUCAUUGGUUAUACUAUUGAAGUCGAAAACAUGCAAAUGUUCCUUGGGCCAACGGUAUGUUUUCAGCAUUCAGCAACUGGAGGAGCAGGAUUCUUCUGUUUAUAUGCUGGAAAAUGUUCUAAUCUCCACCUUUUCUCAUCUUCAGACAUGACAAUCUACUCAAAAACUACUUGUGGCCCAAGCAAACUAACUAUUGAAGUCCAUAAACGUGUGCUUUCUUCCAAUUUAUGCCUUUACCCUAAUCAUGUACAGCAAACUCUUCCAUUAAGCCUUGAGCUGAACACUUCUUCCAUUGUUUAAAGAAGACAGAGUGACAAUGGAGGGCAUAAAUCAUUUUAAAACAAAUCAGAUUCUUCCAGAAUACAUGAAAUGCCAAGAACCUUUUUUUUUAAUUCCCUUUUCCUAGUUACUUGAAAAACUUUGUAAUAUUUUUGACCCAGUCCUUGUAAUGAGUCAAUACAUAUCAUUCUUACCUGUAUUGAUUAACUACUUUGUGGGCUAGAAAUCUGAACUGAAUUGUGCAGUGGUAAUUUUUUUUACUAUACUUGUUCAUGCAAGUGGGAACAAAGAUAAUGGUGUUCUCCCUAUGUCAGGUAUAGAAGAAAUUACUGGCUCCCAGGGAGUUACACAUGAUGAUACAUUGAUUUGCUGGUAAAUAGCUGUUUUCACAAUGGAUUUUAUUACUGCUGUCCAUUCAUUGGCCAUGUCAUCAGCAUCCAUUACCAGAUUAAGUUCCACAUUCUCCAUACAGCUUGCUGUGCCUCUCCCAGUUUAUCCCAAAGGGUUAGGAGACCCUCUAGAGCAGAAAUGGAGGGGGAGGUGGAGAGGUAUUUCAGGAAAUUAUGUAGUAUGGAAGCUUGUACAUGAGUAGAAGUCCACAUGUGGAUUCGUGGAUGUCAUCCAGAAUUAUUGUUUCCCUAGAGGGAACUGCUGAAGACAAUGGUGAAAGAGGCAAAUCAGCAAAGCAUGCAGUUUGAAAUCAGGUUUCUAACUCAAAAGUUAUCUACUAAAUAAGGAAAGGAUGCCAAAUUCAAGAAAUGCAUGCUGUUUUCGAAAUUUGCCCGCUGUGUUUCCUUUUCUGCCCUGGUUUCUAAUGCUGUGGUUUCUCCACCGACUCGUUAUUCUUUUAGAAACUUCUCCCCUCCAAGAAAGGAUAUGCAGGUUAAACGCUAAUGUUGCAUGCAAUUUAAAGUGUUGACUUGUAAGAACACUUAUCAGGGAUGAAAUGGCAUUUAUUGUGUGGUGACCUUUUUAGUUCACUUUACAGAUUGUUUUGGGGUUUUGUGUGUGCGUGUGCGCGCGUGUGUGUUUGUGUGAGUGGCUGUGUGUGUGUGUGUGUGUGUGUGUGGUUUGUUAAUUUCGAGGGUUGUGUUUCUGGAAGGAUGUGACAGUAAUCGCAGUACUAUGUACAGAGCUUUCUUUUGUAUUAAAAAAAUACUCUUUCAAUAAAUGUAUCAUUUUGUGCACAGA